UCCAAUUGCAAAAACUUAUGUUUCAUAAUUUUAGAAUCAAUUCUAAUCUAAAUUGUAUACAAAUUACGAUAAUGUAUGUUAUUCCUCGAAUCGUUCGUUGAGAGGUAUAAAGGAUUAAAUCCCUUUAAGUAAGAAAUAAAGUUUUUGAUCGUGAUAUGAAUCACGCAAGGGACCCCUUAACUAUUAAGGGAUCUAUAGAACGAAUCGCACUUUUACCACUAAACUAUACCCGCUACAAUACAAUUAUUGUAUAUAAAAGGAUCUUUUGUCGAACAAGGGAAUACGUCCUAAUUAUGCAAUAGGUGCAUAAUUUUACGAUAAUUAGAGUGUUGACGUGUUUCGUAAAGGGGCCCCCUAAUGAAAUUUAGAAAAGGGGGCGAAUCUUAUUUUUGGAUUUUUUUUUUGCUGAAGGUAUAAAAAAUGAAAUCAAUAAUUCUCUCUUUAUUUCUAUUUAUUUAUAGAUAAUAAAUAGAAAAAAAAAAGACAGAAAAGAUAUAUCAAAUGACUAUCAAUCAAUAAGAUAUAAAGAGGGCUUUUUUCGAGCCCUACUUUUUGUUCUUUUUGUUUAUGCGAUGUAUCAUAAGCAUAAUAAUUCUUUUUUUUGAAUUGGGGAGAGAUGGCUGAGUGGACUAAAGCGGCGGAUUGCUAAUCCGUUGUAUGAAUUUUUGUACCGAGGGUUCGAAUCCCUCUCUUUCCGUUUAUUGAUGAUUUGGUAUUUUUUUCUUUUGAAAUUAUGGAGUUUCUUUUUUUUUCUUCCCUCUUUGUUUAAUUUUUUUUACUAGUUAAAGAUGUAAAAUAGAUAAAAAAACAAAAAAUAUUUCAAAAUCCAGCACAAGUAAGCAAAACAAAAAAGAUUUUCUUAUUCUUCACGUCCAGGAUUACGUCCUGGAUCAUUAGAUAGGAAUCCGAAGAUGAAAAGAGAAACAAAGAAUAUCACUAUCGUGUAAACAAAUAGUUUUAGAGUAAGCAUUACAAAAUCUCCAAGAUAAUAAAAAAAAAACGCCAGAGAAAGAGAAUAGAUUCUCUUCUAUUUCAUAUUAUGUUUCCUUUGAUACUAAGUUUAUAAAAAAUGAAGUAAUUUCAAAAAAAAAACUUAGGAAAUUUUUAUGUAGUAAGAAUUGAGUCUUUAUAUUACCAAAAUUUUUUUCAUAUCCACAAUUCAAGAUCUAGGUAUUGGUGGUGGACUCCAAUCGAAUAAUAGAAUUUUCAUUUUUUAAUGGAAAAAACAGAAAUGAUGAGAUGGUCCAGAUUUUUAUUGUCUAUCCAAAAAUUUAAAUAUUUGGAAUCAAGGAUUUACGCCGUAAAACUUAUCUGAUCUUUAAAAAUGUUAUCAUUUUUAUUUUCGAAUCUUAAUAAUUUUUUUCGGACAUUAUUCAAAUUAAAGAUCUUAUCGAAAACUUACAGCAGCUUGCCAAACAAAAGCUAAGAGAAAAAAGAGUAAGGGUAUUACUGGCAUAAAAUCUACAAUUGGAUUCAAAAAAGCGUAGGCUUCAGGUAAUUUUGCCAAGAAAAAACUACUUGAAUAAAGGGCAGAGUUAAUACAAAUACAGACCAAGCUAAAGAUAUUAAGCAUAACAAAAAUGUUGUUCUUUAAGAAAAUAAAUUGUAUUUUUGCUUUUUUUGAAUUCUCAUUUUUAUUGUAUUUUUUUAUAUUAUGUUAUUAUUAUAUAUAUGAUAUGAUUUAUUAUAUAUAUAAUUUUAUAGAAUUUGAUUUAUUAUUAUCAUUUUUAUUUAUUAUACUCUUAUAUUAAAAUAUAUUAAAAUGAAAUAGAAAAGAAAAAAUCAAUUUUGAUUUCUAAAUAUAUAUAGAAAUAAUUUGAAAAGAAAAAAUGGAAAAUAAUGGAAUAUAAAUAAGUCAACUAUUGAAUUGAUAUUUAUAGAUAGGAAUAUUACUAAAUCAGUAAAAAAACUAAAAAAAUGAAUCAACUAAGAUCAUACCCCCAAUCCCUUAUUUCAUUUUAACUUAUCCAGUUCAAAACAGUUUCAUUCUGAAAUCCAAAAUCGAAGAAAUCAUAUAUUCAUACAAUAUCUUAAUUGAAUUCUAUGUAAUGAUCAAUAAAUUCAGUUUAAUUCGAUAUUUAUGCAUAUCCAAAUUCUAGUAACAGUUUAAUUUAUUCUAUAGAAUAAAUUUAGAACUGGAAUUGACGAACAACCCAUAAUAGUAUUUAGUAAUGUCGAAUCCUAAAUGGGGCGUGGCCAAGCGGUAAGGCGACGGGUUUUGGUCCCGUUAUUCGAAGGUUCGAAUCCUUCCGUCCCAGGUCAUGGAUAUUCAUGACAUAUCCUUAGAAUAUAAGAAUAUGUCAUGUAUAUUCAUGAUAUAUCCUUAGAAUAUAAGGAUAUAGUAACCGGAAAAAGUAUAUCGGAAUAAAUAUUACCUUUUUUUUUUUCUUAAAGAAAUUCAUUUUUUAGAUUUACAAACUAUGAAAAUAGAAUAUUCAAUUUAUUGAUAGAAUAUCGACUUAAUUUUUAGAUUACAAAUAGUUAUAAAUUUAAAUACUUACUCUAUUAUUACUGAUUUAUAAAAAAAAGUGGAUUUAUAGGUAAAACUUAAAUGACUAUUCAUCUAUUGUAUUUUCAUGUAAAAGGAGGAAAAAGUUCUAUGGAAAAGUGGUGGUUCAAUUCAAUGAUGUUUAAUAGGGGUUUAGAAUACAGGUGUGGUUUAAGUAAAUCAAUAGACAGUUUUGGUCCUAUUGAAAAUAACAGUGUAAAUGAAGACCCAUCUAUUUUAACUGAUAUGGAUAAUAUUAUUUUAAUUGAUAUGGAUAAUACUAUUCAUGUAGAUGUCAGGGUUGUAAAAACAAUAGUGAGAAUUCUAGUUAUAGACAUGAACAUACCGAAUUUACUAUCUGAUAAAACUUUUUUAGUUAGCGAUAGUAAUAGUUAUUUCAUAUAUGAUUGGAAUAAUAUCAUUAAUAGUUGUAUUGAAGGUUAUAUGCUUUCUGAAAUCGGUAUUGAUAGUUCCAUUAUACAUAAUAUCAUUGAGAAUAACAAUGAGAAUAAUCCGCAGGAGGAGGAUAAAAAUGAAAAAUUACACAAGUCCAGUUAUAGAUUUGAUUACAGAUUUGAUUACAGAUUUGAUGUUAGAUUUGAAGUCAGAUUUGAAACUGAUAGUGAUAAAGAAAAGGAUAGUGGCAAUGAUGAUGAUAAGCUCCAAAAGGCUAGUGACAUUUUAGAACCUGUAAAUUACAGUGCUGAAAAUUACAGUGAUAGCGACAAUGAUAGCGACGAUAAUGAUCCUGAUGAUGAUUAUGAUACGCUCCAAAAGGGUACUGACACUUUAGAACCGGAAAAUGACAAUGAUACUGAUGAUUAUGAUAAGAUCCAAAGGGCUCAUUACAUUUUAGAACCGGAAAAUGACAGUGAUACUGAGCCUGAUGAUGAGCCUGAUUAUGAGCCUGAUGAUGAGCCUGAUGAUGAGCCUGAUGAUGAUGAUAAGCUCCAAAAGGCUAGUGACAUUUUAGAACCGGAAAAUCCUAGUGAUAGUGAGAAGGUCCAAAAUAGUAGUGAAAUCGAGAGUACUGGUAUAAUGGAAAAUCCUAGUGAUAGUGAGAAGGUCCAAAAUAGUAGUGAAAUCGAGAGUACUGGUAUAAUAAGAAAAGAUUUUUCGCAUUUGUGGGUUGCCUGCGACAGUUGUUAUGGAAACAAUUAUAAGAGAUUUUUUAAAUCAAAAAUGAAUAUUUGUGAAUACUGUGGAUGUCAUUUGAAAAUGAGCAGUUCAGAUCGAAUCGAACUUUUGAUUGAUCCAGGUACUUGGAAUCCUAUGGAUGAAGACAUGUUCCCUGUGGAUCCCAUUGAAUUUAAUUCGGAAGACGAACCUUCUGAAAAAGGUUUGGAAGACGAAGACGAACCUUCUGAAAAUAGUUUGGAAGACGAACCUUCUGAAAAUAGUUUGGAAGACGAAGACGAACCUUCUGAAAAUAGUUUGGAAGACGAACCUUCUGAAAAAGGUUUGGAAGACGAAGACGAACCUUCUGAAAAAGGUUUGGAAGACGAAGACGAACCUUCUGAAAAAGGUUUGGAAGACGAAGACGAACCUUCUGAAAAUAGUUUGGAAGACGAAGACGAACCUUCUGAAAAUGAUGAUUAUCAAAAUCGUCUUGAUUCUUAUCAAGACAGAACCGGAUUACUGGAUGCGGUUCAAACAGGCACAGGUCAAGUAAAUGGUAUUCCUGUAGCAAUAGGUAUUAUGGAUUUUGAGUUUAUGGGAGGUAGUAUGGGAUCCGUAGUGGGUGAGAAAAUCACUCGGUUGAUUGAAUAUGCUACCAAUCAACGUUUACCUCUUAUUAUAGUAUGUGCGUCUGGAGGAGCGCGUAUGCAAGAAGGAAGUUUGAGCUUAAUGCAAAUGGCUAAAAUUUCUGCUUCUUUAUAUAAUUAUCAAAUCAAUCAAAAGUUAUUCUAUGUACCGAUACUUACAUCUCCUACUACUGGUGGGGUAACAGCUAGUUUUGGAAUGUUGGGGGAUAUCAUUCUUGCCGAACCCGAUGCUUACAUAGCAUUUGCAGGUAAAAGAGUAAUUGAAGAAACGUUGAAGAUCGAAGUGCCCGAAGGUAUACAAUCGGCUGAAUUUUUAUUCGAAAAGGGUGCAUUUGAUUCACUCGUACCACGUAAUUAUUUAAAAGAGGUUUUAAGUGAGUUAUUGCAUUUCCAUGGUUUCUUUCCUUUGACUCAAACUGAAAACUAAUUCAGACUCUAAUUUGAUUUUUGUAUAAUAAAUUAUUAUUAUACAAAAAUCAAAUUAGAACACACAGUAAUAAGAUAAGAAUAGAAAUAAUAAAAAUAAAAACAUUUAUUAUCAUACACAUGUUUCUUGUAGAAAUAGAGGGCAAAAUAAAUCCAGUUAUUUCGUUCUACACUCUUUAUUUUUAAUAAAAAUUUAUUAUUUUUAGAUUUUUCCUUUUGAUUCUUAAUAAAUCUUAUUCAUUUUUUUCUUUGAUUAUGUAUUUAUUAUAUUAUAUACUUAAUUAUGUAUACUCCGUAUAUAAUAGAUAUAUCUAUCUAUUCAUCUCUAUUCAUUUAGAUAUACUUAGUAUAAGUCUAUAUGAAUUCUAGUGAUUAUAGACUAUCUUUAAUAUAAGAAAAAUCAAAAUAUAUAUUAUUAAUAUAACAAUCAACAAAAAAUAACAUAACAGGUACAAAUACGAAAUUGAGGUACCCCAUUUUAUGAUAAACUUACCUUCCCUUUUUGUUCCUUUAGUGGGCCUAGUAUUUCCGGCAGUUGCAAUGGCUUCUUUAUUUCUUCAUGUUCAAAAAAACAAGAUUUUUUAGAUACGGGCAAAAGUACUACUAUUAAUAUUACCUUAAUAAGAUAAGGAGGAUUUAAUAUAACAACAAAAAUAUUAAUAUAACAAUAAAAAAAAAAAAAAUAACAGGUACAAAUAUGAAAUUGAGGUACCCAUUUUAUGAUAAACGUUUAUGUGUUUUUAGUGGGCCUUGUCUUAAUUGUAAUGUCUGCUUUAUUGGUUAAUGUUCCAAAAUUUAUUAGUUGGGGAUCAGAAAAACAUGGUUGUCGUUCACAAGACGCAUGGCUUGACAUUGUACCGGGGUCCCGAAAACCAAUCAAUUUCUUCUGGGCUUCUUUCACUCUUUUAGGUUCAUUAGGGGUGUUAUAUCUUUCAGUUUCCAGUUAUUAUGGUAGACAUUUUUUCUCUUUGAUUUCAUCUGAAUUUGUAGUUCCUUUUUUGCCACAAGGGGUCACCCUGACUUUCUAUGGAAUCGCAGGUCUCUUUCUAAGUUUACAUUGGUGGCUUCUAAUUUUUUGGAAUGUGGGGAGUGGUUAUAAUUUUUUCGAUAAAAAAAA